AUUAAACCUAUCUAAAACCCUUCUUGAGAGCAAAUCCACGUUUUUCAGCUGCAACCAUGGUGAAGGCCUACCUCCGUUACGAGCCGGCGGCAUCGUUCGGCGUCAUCGCCUCCGUCGAGUCCAACAUAGCCUAUGACAGCUCCGGCAAGCACCUCCUCUCUCCGGCGCUCGAGAAGGUCGGCGUCUGGCACGUCCGUCCAGGCAUCUGCACCAAAACCCUAACCCCUUCCCCUGCCUCUCGAGUUUCCUCCCUCGCCGUCACCUCCAUCGCCCCUGCCCCUUCUUCCUCCCAGGUAGCGGUUGGUUAUGCUGAUGGUAGCAUAAGGAUUUGGGACUCUGAUGCGGGAACUUGUGAGACCACGCUGAGUGGGCACAAGGGAGCCGUCACUGCUCUUCUUUACAACAAGGCUGCUUCGGUGCUUGCUUCCGGGAGCAAGGACAAUGAUAUCAUUUUGUGGGAUGUUGUUGGUGAGACCGGCAUGUUUCGCCUCCGCGGGCAUCGUGACCAGGUGACUGAUGUAGUAUUUGUGGGGUCUGGGAAAAAGCUAGUUAGUUCCUCGAAAGACAAGUUCUUGAGAGUGUGGGAUCUAGAUAGCGAGUAUUGUAUACAAAUUGUUGGUGGUCAUCAUGGUGAAAUUUGGUCUAUAGAUGUUGAUCCUGAGGAAAGGUAUCUGGUCACUGGUUCUGCAGACAAGGUGCUCCGGUUUUAUUCAAUCAAGCAUGAGUCUGUGGAUGGACAAUCUGUAAAUGCGGACAGUGCAGUGGUUGGUGAUGGAGGCUCUUCUGUUCAAAACAAAUGGGAAGUUUUGAGGCAGUUUGGCGAGAUUCAGCGGCAAAGCAAGGAGAGAGUGGCAACUGUGCAGUUCAGUAAGGCAGGGAAACUGCUAGCUUGUCAGGUUGCAGGAAAGACAGUUGAGAUAUACCGUGUUCUGGAUGAGGCUGAGGCGAAGAAGAAGGCAAGACGUCGGGUUCACCGCAGGAAAGAGAAGAAACAUGCCAAAGAGGCUUUGGGGGGAACUGAAAAUGGAGAAGUGAAUAAAGGGGUUAAAGGAGAUAUAACUUCCGAGACUCAAGGGCUCAUAGAAACAAGUAACCCUGCAGUUACUGUGCCUGAUGUUUUUAAGCUACUCCAUACCCUUAGAGCUAGCAAAAAGAUAUGCUCCAUAUCUUUUUGUCCAGUCACUCCUAAGAAUUCACUGGCUAGUUUAGCAUUGUCCUUGAACAAUAAUCUACUUGAGUUUUACUCCAUUGAAAGCAGUGAAGCAACAAAAACACUUGCUAUUGAGCUACAAGGACACCGUUCUGAUGUUAGAAGUGUCACACUUAGUUCGGACAACAGUCUUUUGAUGUCAACUAGUCACAAUGCAGUUAAGAUUUGGAACCCUAGCACUGGGUCAUGCCUAAGGACAAUCGAUUCUGGGUAUGGACUGUGCAGUUUAAUUCUGCCCUCUAACAAGUAUGGGCUUGUUGGAACUAAAGAUGGAACCAUAGAAAUUAUUGACAUUGGAAGUGGCACUCGUUUAGAAGCAGUGGAAGCUCAUGGUGCUUCUGUCCGUUCAAUUGCUCUCCUGCCAGAUAAAAAUGGUUUUGUCACAGGAAGUGCUGAUCAUGACGUUAAGUUUUGGGAGUACCAGUUGAAGCAAAGCCCCGGUCAAGCUACUAAGCAACUUAGUGUGUCAAACGUCAGUACAAUGAAGAUGAAUGAUGAUGUUCUUGUGGUUGCAAUAAGUCCCGAUUCUAAAUAUAUUGCUGUGGCGCUGUUAGAUAGUACUGUGAAGGUUCACUUUGCAGACACGUUCAAAUUCUUCCUUUCAUUAUAUGGCCAUAAGCUGCCUGUUCUUUGUAUGGAUAUCUCAUCAGAUGGAGAUUUAAUUGUGACUGGAUCAGCAGACAAAAAUUUGAAGAUUUGGGGUCUGGAUUUUGGUGAUUGUCAUAAAUCUAUUUUUGCGCAUGCUGACAGUGUUAUGGCAGUGCAAUUUGUUCCCAAGACACACUAUGUGUUUAGUGUUGGGAAAGAUCGGCUGAUAAAAUAUUGGGAUGCUGAUAAAUUUGAAUUGCUGUUGACUCUCGAAGGACAUCAUGCAGAUGUCUGGUGUCUUGCAAUAAGUAAUCGUGGUGAUUUCGUGGUCACUGGAUCUCAUGACCGAUCAAUCCGCCGAUGGGAUCGUACAGAAGAGCAGUUUUUCAUUGAGGAAGAAAAGGAGAAAAGGUUGGAGGAAAUGUUUGAGGCUGAUCUUGACAAUGGUUUUGAAAACAAGUAUGCACCAAAGGAAGAAGUACCGGAGGAGGGUGCUGUGGCUUUAGCUGGGAAAAAAACCCAGGAGACCCUUACUGCCAGUGACUUGAUUAUCGAGAGAUUAGACAUAGCAGAAGCUGAGAAAAAGCGUAUUGCAGAACAUGAGGAGGAGAAAAAUAAUAAAAAUGCUGCUGCAUUCCAAGCAAAUCCGCUUAUGAAUGGGCUUUCCCCUUCUGAUUAUGUUCUUAGUGCAUUCUCAGAUAUUCACUCCAAUGAUCUUGAGCAAACAUUAUUGGCUUUACCCUUUUCUGAUGCUUUGAAACUUCUGUCAUACUUGAAGGAUUGGACUUCAUAUUCAGAUAAGGUCGAGCUUAUUUGCCGGAUAGGAACACUACUGUUGCAGACACAUUAUAAUCAGCUGCUUACUACACCGGCUGCUAGACCUAUUUUGACUGCUUUCAGCGACAUUUUUUAUGAACAUGUCAAGGGAUGGAAAGAUAUCUUUGGUUUUAACCUUGCAGCGAUGGAUCAUAUCCAGCAAAUUCUGGCUACGAGAUCAGAUGCUAUUUUCCGUGAUGCAAGAUCUAAACUACUAGAGAUACAUGCUAAACAAUCGAAACAUGUAGCAGAAAGUUACGACACUGGAGAAGGGAAGAGGAGGAAGAAGUAGACAUAAUUAUCUACAUUUUUUUGGACAUAGUUUUGUUUGUGAUGAUAUUAUUCAUAUGAAGUUUCAUUUAGUAGGGCGAGGUUGACCCUGGAAUAUCAGUUUUUGAUGACAUUGCAGAUUCAGAGUUAUCACACAUUUUCCGCAAAGGAAAAUGAUGAGUACAGGUUCCACCACCAGAAACGGCUUAUGGCUUUCGUUAGCAAGUGACCCAUUUUACUUGAAGAACUGGAGGACGUGCUCAGUUACUAGAUAAUUAAUGUUUCAACCUGCAUUCCAUCUUUUGUUGUCAUGUUGACAUUUUCAUUUGAAGAGCAAGUUUUCCAGAAUGUAUCAUUACUGUUGUAUGCGGCUGAAGAAGAAAAUGUCGAUUCUUUAAUACAGUAUGUGUAAAACAUGACCUGCAUAAUUUAAUGCAAAUUGUCUCCACAAUUAGUUA